GGGAAUUUAAAGUCUUCAGGAAUGGCGUUAUUGAAAGGAAUCUCCCUAUCGAAGGAUCGAUAUACUGCCUGCUUUCUUACGGCGCUUAUUUAUCUUGGGCAUUGAUCGAAGUGAAAAAAAUCGAUUUAAAUAAUAUGGUCGUUAAUGCUAUCGGUUGUAUGGAACAAGCCGAUAUGUUAAAGUUAUAAUUAAAAAAUUACAUUGAAAUUUGCAAAGACAUUGUACAAAAUGUCUCUCAUAACGAUCUCCAACAAGCUGCCUUGUUUGCAAUAUGUACAUUAGCCGCAAAUUUCAAUGUAGAACUGGCCGACCAUAAGAACCCGAUUCUACACGACUUGGUUUUAAAACUAAGCUCGGAUGACGUUAUGUUAAUCAAUAAGUAUGCAGAAGAAUAUGUUUUCUUAAAACAUUGGACAGGAACACACGAAGAAGAUCAAGUCCAAAUAAAGAAACGUCGUGAAGUCUUGGAGCGUUUUUGCAAACUUAUUGAAUUUGGUAUCAUACCAGUUACCAGCGCGUCCUUUGUUUUGAUGUAUUAUGUGAAGUGUGAAAAAUGCUAUGGAGAUAUCAUAAAGAAAAUGGUCGCCACGAUGUGCAGCCUCAGCAGGACAAAUUGCACCACGGUCAUGUUCCUGACUUUGAAGGAAAAUUAUUUGCAGGUGGAAAGUUCAUGUGCUGGCGAUGUGGUUAAUAAAACUAUCGAAGGAUUUGUGCAGCUAAAGACUUUGGCCGCACAUCUAGCCAAGUUCUUGGGCACAAACAAACUGAAAAAUCGACAAGCAGUAGCAAAGCUGCACGAGGCUGGGAUUCUGUUUGCGGUUGAACAAAGUGGUAGCCCGAAUGUGCCUCCACAUCGCUUACCGUUUUUAGAAAUAUUAACCAAGUUUUCAGCAAAGCUUGAAGAAGAGGAUAGAUCUUCUGUAUUCAAGUACUUACAAUCAAGGAGUGGAAUACCUUCUAGAAUACCCUCAGGAGCCAUAUGGGCUCCAUAUAGGAAUUAUAUAAGGUCUCUUAUCGGUUCCAAACCCCCCCUGCCCCUAAAUACGGAGCAAAGGGCCAAGGAACCAAGCCAAAGGCCAAGACCUACAGGUGCAGCUGGUGAAACCUUUCCUUUUCCUACAACAUCCAUACAGAGGUCCGGGCAUUCUAUGGAGCGACCGCGAGGGGAAACAAUUAGGAGAUAUCCAGGUACAACUGGUGAACGCCCCGCCACGCCAAUGACAAGAACACCACAGAGAUCCCCGGGCCGCGCCCCCAUUAGGAUUAUAAUAACUCCGGUCAGUAAACCCUCGGGGCCGCGAUCGCCCCCAACACGUGGCAGAAUAUUAAGUGCUGGCCAUCUUGCGCCCCCUACACCGGUGUAUCGGCGCAGCGCCUCUAAGGGUUCUUCGCCCAGAAGAAGACCAGAAAGGCCCAGUGAAGUUAUGCAACCCAAAAGGAGACGUCUAGAAUGAAACAUCCCAUUUAAUUGCUGAAGAGCUUUCCAUUUAUUUUGAGAGUCAACCAAGAAUUGCAGCAGCAGCUUCGCAGCAGAGAUAAUGUGGCCUCCAAAACUCUGCCCUAGACAAUGACACCUUCGAAUUCAUUUGUCCUCACUGAAAUAAAUG